CGAGUUUAAGGACACACUUCCAGAAGCUCCAUCCCAAUCGCCCGCCAAGCCUCCGCCGACAACACGACGGACGGACGAACAGACACACACCAACCCCCAUCGGCGUCCCGUCCAGGAGCAAUUGGCUCUCCUCACGGGCGGCCGUGACGUCCGCUCUAAUUUUUUUUUUUUUUUUACGUCUCGCAAGGCAAACAGCCGAAUCCGCCAAUCCAAAGAGAACAACAAAGAUGCGCCUCCUCUCCGUCCUCUCCCUCGCCCUGGGAGGGCUGUCCCUCGCCUCCGCCGUCAGAUCCAAAAAGACGUCCGAGGAGCGCUUCCAGCUCUACCACGGCAAAGCGCUCUCCUCGAGCCCCAUCAAGCUGGGCGACUCGUCGUACCGGGAGCUGACGGCGACGCCGCGCGACUACGCGGUGGCGGUGCUCCUGACGGCGAUGGAGUCGCGGUACGGCUGCCAGAUGUGCCGCGAGUUUCAGCCCGAGUGGGAGCUGCUGGCGCGCAGCUGGACGAGCGGGGACCGCAAGGGCGAGUCGCGGGUCGUGUUCGGGACGCUGGACUUUGGGGAUGGGAGGGAAGUCUUUAUGAGUUUGGGUCUGCAAACGGCGCCGGUGCUGUUCUUCUUCCCGCCUACGACUGGCCCUCACGCCGCUGCUUCGCCCGAUGCGGUCCGAUAUGAUUUCACGGGCGGAGCCCAAGCUGCCGAGGUAGUACACCACUGGCUAUCACGACACCUUCCCGACCGCCCGCACCCGCCCAUCAAGCGGCCAAUCAACUGGAUGCGUUGGAUCUCGACCUUCGUCAUGCUCUCGGGCGCCCUGACCGCCUCCUACGUCGCGUGGCCAUACGUGCUUCCCAUUAUCCAGAGCCGCACUGUCUGGGCCGCCGUUACGCUCAUCUCGAUCUUGCUCUUCACCAGCGGGCACAUGUUUAAUCACAUCCGGAACGUGCCUUAUGUCGCCGGAGACGGUCGCGGCGGUAUUAGCUAUUUCGCAGGCGGCUUUCAGAACCAAUACGGCCUAGAAACGCAGAUUGUGGCUGCCUUGUAUGGUAUCCUCACUCUUUCCAGCAUUUCCCUUGCCGUUAAGGUUCCCCGGAUAGGCGACCCCAGGUAUCAGGGUAUCGCCUUCGUCGCCUGGUUCGGCGUCAUGGUCCUGGUGUACAGCCUCCUCCUCAGCAUCUUCCGGGGAAAGAACCCGGGCUACACCUUUUCCCUGCCGCCCUUCAUGUAAGGUGCUAUGGGCCGGAAUGACGAUGAUGCUUCAAACGGUCCUGCUGCAUUGUCCAAGAGUCUUCUGGGGCUCGGGGACCGGAACAACGGAAGUGGAUGAUCGGUAUGUUAUGUACAGCUAGGGUAUCAG